CACAGCAAGGGUCGGUGCAUGAGGCACGGCUUGCUCCAUGAGGGGCGUACGUACGUGCGACUCCUGGCUUGCGUUCUGCAAGUCUUCGCUUAGAUAUCAUUAGGUCAAGCUCGCUGACACUCUGUCAAACCACCCUUCGCUGAGCUUGAAAUUUAAGCCGCCGUGCAUAUUAUUAGCCAUGAGCGCGCCCAGCCAACAAAGGCGACAUCGGGUAGCUAUAUUCGCCACUCGCUAUUUCGGAUCGCGGACUGGUGAGAACCCCUCGUAACCUGGCGAGCUGCAUUCUUUGAGCGUGAGCGCGCCAGAUCGUGGAUGCACACGUCGCAACUUGCCGGAAUUUACUCAGAUCCGAGCCCAAGAUCUCUUGCAUGUCGGUAAUAAGUAACGCGAUACGUCAGCGAGUGGAGAGAGAGCCUCGCUUCCUGCCUGUCCUCCGAGCCAGGGAAAAUUCAUUAUGGUAUUUACGUGACGCUGGAUCUCUGCGGCGACUCGGCGUAAACUUGGGAUAAUUAUGGGGAGUGGAGGUAAGCCGAGCCUGCGCCAACCGGGAAAAUCCAGCGCCCGAUGUUCCCAAUACCGAAGAUCUGGGUAGGAAUAAUGCAAGGCACGGGGAGAAGACACACCCAGCUCACAGGCGAUGAUUUAUUGCACCGCUUGCCACCGACUCCACUCUAUCGCUUUGUCAGGGCAUUUACGCCGUGUCCAGCGAAAUGCCAUUCAGGCGGCAGCUCGCUUCGGCGUCAGGAUCGUCUGCGUGCACUAGCCGUCCGUGGGGGGACUCGAGGCAGAGGACUGCGCCGCUGUCCUCACAAAAGACACCGAGAAGAUGCCCUUCUCACGCUGCCCCAUGCAGCAGACUGGCUGCGAGGGCGAGCGACUGACCAGCGUGAUGCCUGUCAGGGCAGCGCUGAGAUCUUGGGCGGAAAUGCGCCCGGAAGCAUCGCACAAAGCAGGUUUGGGAGGCACUAUGCGACCAGUAGGUCUGCGGGGUGGGUGGCGAGUCCCCGGCGGAAGCUGAAGGAUCAUGGUGUUGCGCCUGCGGUUGGGACCUGACCCACUUGGAUCCACACGUGCCAGACAUUUUCUGGAAUCAUGGAAUCGCCUUGGCAAAGAGGGGCAGUCCCAGCCGGGACGUAUUUCUGGGUCACCGCGUCCUGAGCGAACCCAGAUUUUGUUGAGCGCAGGAGCAAGGCGACCCGUUGCACUCGAGAUCAGCAUCGCUGAUUUGCCACCAGGGAUGUAAAAUUAUUUGUGGGUUAGGAAUCGCGUCGAGGAGGCGCACAGUGGCAUGGUAGCCAAUGUUUUCCAAGAGUCAAGACCUUCAGAAGAGCAUGGGCGAGAGUCGCAGAAAGCAAAACCGACGUCGUUCCCCACAGCGACGCCAAAGUUCCCUGGUUGCAUGCGCUGCAUGAACGACGUGGCAUAGUUAACCCAGGACUUGGAGGGUUACAUUACCUCACAUUACUUGGCCUGAGAGCGGUGCACAGCUCGUGACGUCAUCAUAACUCCAUAUUGCGGAUCGGCG